UGUUUAUAAAUCAAAAAAAAAAAAUUGAAAAAGAAGACAUAAAAUACUACCAAAUCCGAACUCAUCCAAGAGAACAAUUUUAACUAGCACUACGGCUGUGCACAGGAUCUCCAAGCUCUAGGCUCAUGAAUUCUGCCAUCUUUACCCUGCUAAAUCGCCUGAGAGCCGUCCCUCAUCUCCGACCAUCACCGGCACUCUUUACUCCGGCGGCAACGAGACACUUCUCCACGAAAACAAGCAGAUCGCCUCCUCGCCCAACUCUUUCCUCAACCAUCUAUCCCUUAGGCCACCCCAGCAUCGAUCUCUCGCUGGAGCUCGACCGCUGGAUCUUGAGCGGCAAUACCAUCCGACUCGUAGAGCUUCAGAAUCUCAUCCGCGACCUCCGUACUCGCCGAAGAUUCAGCCAAGCCCUGGAGGUUUCCGAAUGGAUGAAAGUUAAGUGGAUGAAAGAGAAAGGCGGCAUGUCGUUCAUGGCCAGCGACCAUGCAGUGCAUCUUGAUCUCAUGGGAGAAGUUGAUGGCCUCUCCGCUGCCAAAAAGUAUUUUGAGUGCCUGAAAGAGAGGGACAAGAAUGAGAAAACUUAUGGUGCUCUCCUGAACUGCUAUGUUAGAGAGCGCCUGAUUGAUGAAUCUUUGUCCCACUUGCAGAAGAUGAAGGAGAUGGGAAUGGCAUCCUGCCCUCUCCCUUAUAACAACAUAAUGUCUCUUUACACCAAUACUGGCCAGCAUGAAAAGGUUCCUUCGGUGCUGGAAGAAAUGAAGAACAAUAUGGUCUUGCCAGAUAACUUCAGCUAUAGGAUUUGCAUCAAUUCUUUUGGUACAAGAUCUGACUUUGAAGGAAUGGAAAAGGUUUUGGAGGAAAUGGAGCAUCAGCCACAGAUUAUCAUGGACUGGAACACAUAUUCAGUGCUCGCCAACAUGUAUAUCAAAGCUGGGAACAAGUUGAAGGCUGUUUCUGCGCUGAAGAAAGCAGAACAGAAGCUAGAAAAGAAGAAUGGUCUCUGUUACAAUCAUUUGAUCUCACUCUAUGGAGUUUUGGGAAACAAACAGGAGAUGUGGAGGUUGUGGGAGCUUCAGAAGGUGAACUGUAAGAAAAUCAUCAAUAGGGAUUACACCACCAUGCUUGGAGCCCUGGUGAAGCUUGGGGAGCUGGAGGAAGCUGAGGCAUUGCUGAAGGAGUGGGAGUUAAGUGGCAGUACUUAUGAUUUUAGAGUUCCGAAUGUACUUCUUGCGGCAUAUCGGCAGAGAGGCUUGAUGGAGAAGGCUGAGGAGAUGAUUGAUGAGUUUCUGAAGAAAAGUAAAACUCCACCAUCAAGUAGUUGGGGGCUUGUUGCCGCUGGCUAUGUUGAGAAAGGUGAGUUAGGGAAAGCUUUUGAGUUCAUGACUAACGCUCUUUGCGUGUAUUCUCCUGGUGGUGGGUGGGUGCCAAACCCUAAUGUUAUAAGGAGCAUAUUGCAGUACCUUGGUGAUGAAGGAGAGAUAAAGAUGGUGGAGAAUUUUAUAGGGUUGCUGAAGAAUGCAGUUCCUGUGAAUAGAGAUGUGUAUCACGCAUUGAUUAAGUGUAAUAUUAGAGCAGGGAGUGGAGUAGGUAAGAUUUUGGAGAUUAUGAAAGCUGAGGGUGUAGAACCAAAUGAAGAGACCCAGGUAAUAAUUUCAAGUUUCGAAGGUCAGAACUUUGCCUCAAGCUCGUAGAAUUUAUGUUGUGAAAUUGGAUGAAAUUUAAUUUGUAGUUGUAAUGAAAUAUUUCUCUCAUUUUUUUAUUUUUUUAUUUUUGUUUUUGUUAAUUUAUCGUUAGUAGAAUCGCACGUAUUAGUUUGUGUUCUUAGUAGAUAUACAGAGUUUUAGCUCACCUCUCAAAAGAGCUCUUCAGAGUAGUGGGCAGCCCAUAACUUAAAUACUGCUUUUCGGCUCGACACUUAGCCGAUGUGGGACUUUUUGUCUGUGAUAUUCUCCUCCACCCAAUCACGUGACACCCUUUGUCACGGAUCUGGCAGGCGGUAAUCUGUUCUGAUACCACUUGUCAACUCCCAGAAGAGCUCUUCAGAGUGGUGGGCAGCCCAGGAUUUAAAUA